CCUGCUAAUGCAAAAUGGGGCCUAAGAAGAAUGAGCCCGUAAGAGAGGAUGCUUGGCGUGCAUACAUUGAAGAUACUCCCCUAAACGACGAUUCCUGGUCAGUACAAGUAGUCAUGAUGGAAGUAGCCGGCAGCGACCAGGAUCGUAUUUAUUUGAAUAAAUUCGAGGUGUUUGCUGCCGAGGAGAAGAGAUUUGUAAUAAAGAAUAUUUGCAAAUCGGAGACAAUGUUUAUGAUUAAUCAGCUAGGCGGUGAAAAAAAGGUAAAAGACGAAAGCCUUCGUGUAUUCGAAGUUGGCCAAGCCUACUUAAAGGAGAAAAAGGAUAUUCCUCCAGAUAUACAGGCGUUGGUCGUGAAAUAUCUUAUACUAAAGAUGAAAGAAGAUUACCUGUUUAUUCAAAAACAACAACUGCACGUGCGCGAUGGUAUGCGUAGAGAAUCUGCAACCAUGGUUGACAGAGUUGAAGUCAGGGGUACGGUUUGCGUGCCUCCUUCGGAGCCGGCUACACCUCUGCCGCAACCACAAGGAAAAGGUAAAAAAGGCGAAGCCGUACCGGUGGUUAUUGACGAAUCGGAAGAAGGCAAAAAGUAUAACACUUUAUUAAGAGUCAGAGGAGAAGAGUGGAGGGACAAAGUAUACGUGGACGACUUCCCUAUAGACGGGCCCAACCUCUACGUUGCCAUAUCAGGAUUUCUGGAACCGGAGUUGGCGGGAUGUCUUAUAAAAAUAGGUGUGCCUUUAACUGCUAUUUUUCAAAUUAGAAUAGAUCUUACAUCGCAGCCCGUCCCAUCUAGUUUGAUACGGCCGACAAAAAGGGGGCAAAGUCAAACAGAUGUCUUAAUUGAGCAAUCACUGAAGUUCUGGCAAGAUUUACAACAAUUGCGCAUAGACAAGGCCACUGCAGAUGACUACAUGAACACAGCUUUUGUAAUUUUUUCACCUCCUUACUGGAGUGCAGAUGAUUUGAGUGGAGAAGUCGACAAAAUAUAUGACGAAUUGUGUUUCCUUAUGUACGAUAUACAAGAUCUAACUCGACAGCGCAGUCAUUACCUAACAAAUAUGGAUAUUAUUAACAUUCCCGACGAACUGAAAGAUAAUAGUUAUGAAAAUUACUACCAAAAGCAUAUCGACGGUUUGCCUCUUGAAUGUUGUAGCAUAUACUCUGUUUUAGAGAGUAUACUAGAAACUGUUUGUAUAAAACAGGAAUUGACGAGCAAAGAUACUAGUACGACGUCUCUUUCAGAUUGUUUAACGUUAAAUCAACAACCAAUUACAAGUGAAGAAAUAAAAUUGAAAAAAGCCGAAACGCUAAUCAACGACGUUUUUAGUGCCCUGAAUGCAACCAAUUCAAAUAAAAAGUCUUACCGCUUAACAUAUGGGGAAGAGUCUGAAAAUCAUAAAGACCCCAUUGUCAUUAACUUCGGAGAUUUUGCAAAAUAUCAGAUAUUUCACCUCGGCAACAUUAAUUUAGAUAGUAUAAUUUUUUCUAUGUUAUUUGGAAUGCCUAUCAAUCGAAUAUGGUACGGACAAGAACGACCACAAGAUGAAUUAGAAGCUAAAAUUAACUUUCAUGUCAAUGUCCUCUUAUCAUGUUUUGAUCGAUCUGACGUAGAGACUACCGAACUUAACAGACUACUUCACAUUUUGGCGUGUAGGAAAUUAUAUGACAAUAGAAGCUCACUCAAAAAGGCUCACCUGGCAUCGAUAACAAUAUCAGAGUUUAAGAAACGUUAUUUACGACGCAGCGUGCUUGCUGAGCCACUGCCUAAAAUUUCACCUUUAUUAGUUUCGAGUAGCACAACCCGUCAUUCCUUUCCAUCUUUAACUAAAAUUGAGAAUAGUUCAUUUGUGCCAAGCACAGUAGACUCAGAAGAGCAGAAGAUAGAAUCUCUGUUCGAAUGCCCGGAUAUAAGUGAAUUAGUUUCUGCUUCUGAAAUAGCAAACAAUGCACCAAAUGAUCACGUUAUUGACGACUUCGAAAUAUUUGAAGAUUUUUGCGAAACACGAGCUUUCCAAGUGUUGCGCGAAUCUUUCACUAAUUUUAACUGUCUGGAUUAUAAGUAUUGUGAGGUAACUGAUACUUUCAAUUUAAUGUUUUUUAACAGUCAUGAUCAUGACGGUAUAGCUCGAGAAGAAUGGCGAAGUCAUUUACCAACACCUGUCUGUCUACAAGAUUUUUUUGACUUUGUCUUAGAAGAAACCUAUGAUUGGAUUCAGAAUGAAGAAAAUCUUUACGAGCAAAAACUUGCUCACGAUUCCCAAUCUCAGUGUGCAGCAGUCGACCCUCUAGCUUUACAGUCCUGUGUAGAGAAUCAAGACGUGGAUAUGGAAAUGCUAAUUGAAGGUUCUCUCAAAUUUCAAGAAAUUCUAGAAAAAGAGGUAGCGGAAGAACAAUCUACACAAUCUUCAUCGACUCGUGAAAAAAUUGGCGAUGGUGCGUCGACAACAGCAACAUCAAGGAUCGGUGAUUCAAAAAGUAGUAAAAAAACAAAAACCGCAGCACUUUCCUCUCCUACAAUGUCUCGUCAUGAUUCAAACACUGAUAUCUUAAUUCCAACUAAACCAUUUCAUGGCUAUGAUCUUAGUGAAAGGAGAGUUGAAGUUUUGGGAAAAGAUUGUACUUUUUAUUCAAAAGACGGGACUCGCGUAUCUAGUCGGUACAGUUUUAUUAUACCAAUUAACCUAGAAAAUAUUAUUCUCAGCGUAGUCCCGGGUAAUGGUUUUAACGAAUUUUGGGUGCACAGGUCUUUAGGAGAAUCUGUCUCGCUAGACGCAACGAAUGCAUGCAAAUCUUUCAGGAUAUCCAGUAAAGAUCAAGUAGCGUUCAAUUUAAAAAAAGAAUUGUAUCAUCAUCCGAUCCCAAUAGCGUCAGAAUCGUCAUUACAUAAUAACAUUCAGCAAAAAACAAAAGAAACUGUACCCAAAAUACCUUCUGAAACAGAAAUGGCCGCCUCGUUCGAACUGAAGACAUUUCAUUCUCUUUGUGUUACUUGGCCAAAUGGACUAAUCACUGAAUCAGUUCAUGAACUUAAUUCCUCUACUCUGUCUCACAUAAAGCAAUUUUAUUUAGUACCAGGGCCGCUACUCGAUGAGGAAAUGAGAUGUAUCAGCUUAAAAGGUGAAGUUAUAAUUUUCAAAAUUUCUGGACUCAUUGAGGUUCUCCGUUCCGAUGGUACGUACAUAAAAAUUACAAAAUAUGGAAAAAGAUUAACAAAUGACCUAAAUACUACACCAGUGCCUACCAAAGCGCAACAAGUUGAAAAAAAACCAUCAAAAACGUCAAAACAUGUAAAGUUGGAACCGGACACUGUAACUACAAGUACUGUGCCGGUGCAGGAAUAUGAACUAUUUAUAGAUGAAUUUGAAAUCAUCGAAACUAGCGGCCUUAGACAACAGUGGGUAGAAGAUCAUUCAUAUGAUAUAGAAGAAUUACUUAUACGAACUGCCACUGAUUAUUGCUUAGGCGAGGUGUAUUCUCGCAGAAUGGAUGGAACGCAAAUCUUACUGAACAAAGACGGAGUUCAGAUAGUAACAUUUCCAAAUCGUACUAGGAUUAUAACAAAACUGAUUGUCGAAGACCAAGAGAUAUAUCCGGAAUGGACUGAAGACGAGGCCUAUUACUUCGAUAUAUUGAAAUCGGGUAAUUUAUCAGUAAUGUCGAAACAUUCAGUUUCACCAAAAAGUAGUUCUAGUCAUAUUUCUAAACUAUCCCGACUUCAAAGUUAUCAGAGCUCCAUGUCAGAGCGUAAACAAGUAAAGAGAACCGACGGAUAUAUUUCUGUCCGAAUAUGCUAUACCAUUGAACACGAAAACUAUACUUCUGUCACAGUCAAUACAGCAAAUGGAAAAGUUACAGUAAACUCGCCUAAUAAUACCAGUGUAACUUUAAAUACUGAUAAUCAGUACGAAAUCAACUUAGAUCCAGUAACGGUAGCAACUUUCAAUGGCCAAGAUUUAAUCAUUAACUAUUCGGGAUGUACUGAGUGCAAUUCAAAAACAACAUGUAAAAUUAAUAUAUGUUCAGAUGAAAUGGCCUCUUUGGGUAAAAUGCAGGAAAGUUGGUUACAAAUGGAAGAUUCUUUUGGUACAAGAAUAGUAGUGAACGAAGAAGGCGCUAUUUUGUUAGAUGAGAGAAAUAUACAACUUAAUACGUCCCUGGAAACACAAGCUCUAACUCCAGCAUCCGUUGUACAACUCGAAGAGACUGAGCUCAAAUUGGAUGAUGGAGUACCAUCAAAUACGAGCACGGUGGUGCAUGGAAAGUGCAGACAGAUGUACAAUGCAAAAGAAAUGAGAUUCUUUAUUCUUCGACGUGACUUGACUUGUUCUGAGUUGGUGAAUCGAAUUCAGCUGGAGGAAGACAUGAAGGAUUGUCGUUUCCAGCCUUGGUGUUCUAUCAACGAGUACGAUACACUCGGCGACCGUCGCAGUCUCCUUGCAAUGCUGACGCCGGUGGCACUUACUGAAUCUGAGAAAUGGGUUAUGAACUCUCAGUUGUCCAGCAAGGCCAGUUCUUUGAGGUACAAAGAUCUAAAGAAAGACUGUGGAAAAGGAUUCUACCACUGGAUGAGACCGUAUGAACGUUUCGAGCCCAAGCCUCAAUCAUUUGAAGGACAUACGCCGAGGCUACCAAGAGCAUUCAUAUUGAGAAUUUUAGAAAAGCAAUGGAAAGGACGUGAUCGGGAGCAGUUUAAAGGCGCUAGGGAGCUGUUGCGGGCGGUGCUGAAGUAUCGGCGUGUCAUGGAGUCCGACUGCGAGAACAUCUUGCGCGUGCCGGUGAUCGACUCGCACUCGGAGAGCGAGCGCCGCGUGCACGACGUCGUGCAGGCGCUGGGACACAGAGUUUACGCGGAGCUGAAAGCAAGGCUGGACGCUGCGGUAGCGAGCAACGCCAAGCCCGACAUCACUACUAAAACUAAACCAAUGCCGCAGAAGGAUUUCUUCGAAGAAACGGAACAGGAAGAAGAUGUGGCUGAUUCCGUGAAGAAAUUCGAAGCGGAACGUGAAAGUUUGGUUCAAGAAGCACAGAUAGCAGAAAUGAGCCCGAACUUGAAACGCUACUGGCGCCGCCGCGAAGAAGAAUACAAAGAAGAACAUUUCUAUUUGCAACUGCUGCGCGAGGGUAGCGUGCCGCCGUACUUCCGCAACGUGCUGGGCGGUGCCAUCUGGUGGGAGCUGAACAACACCGCCGGCGCCGCCGUCGACCGCGCCGAGGGCCGGAAAAUGAAGUGCGUGUGCGACGAGGCCGGAUCCAAGGAAGACGUUCUACCGUUUAUGUGAGGAGUAUGUAAAUGUAAACCAAGCCUA